AUGACGAUGAGCGAGUGUGCUGAGGAAGAGGAAGGGGCAGGCCUACUUGGCAAAAAGAGCAGAGGGGAAAAGCAUGUCACGUUUCCUCCCGACGAGGAAAUGGUUUCACGGUUUACUGAGACCAAGGACACACAGCAGGACGGCGACAGUCGAACCUUGACAGAUAUAAUUUUGGCCUACGAGCAGAGCUGCAUAAAGCACAAAGUCACACCCGAUCCCAAGACACUGGACCAAAUAAAGGAAAUCACCUGCUUGAGUAACAGAGCCAGAUGCCUUGAUCUCCAGGGUGUUCGUUUGGAUUAUCGCUCGUGCGAGUCUCUGGAGGAGAUUCUGAAAUCUGUCCGGUUUAAUCUCAUUGACCUGCAGGGGGCGGGGCUCGAGGAAAAUGGAGCCUCGUCACUGAUGGAUAUGAUCUCGUACUACGAAUCAGCCACGCAUCUAAAUGUGUCCUCUAACACGACUAUGGGAGUCUCAGGAUGGCAGGCCCUCUCACGAUUACUCACGCAGAGCGGAUGCUUGUGGAGGUUAGAUGCCUGUAACAUCCCCAUAGAGGAUUAUCCUGCACAGGCUCUGUCGAGAGCCCUCCUUCGCAGCAGGCUGACAGUGCUGCACCUUGAAAACGCCGGACUGAGUGGAAAGCCUCUUUUCACGCUUGUUUGCGCUCUAAAGAAGAACAUCGCUCUGCAGGAACUCUACCUGUGUGACAACAAGCUCAACAGCUUCCAUGACUCCAUGCAGUUAGGAGAGCUGCUGGAAUACAACCGAACUCUCCAAACCCUCGACCUUAGUAAUAAUGCCAUAUCUGACUCAGGUCUUGAGGAGCUCUCUGAUGGUCUGAGAGGUCAGAAGGCGGGUUUAAGAACAUUAGUGCUGCAUAACAACCAGAUUACUCACCGCGGCAUGACUCAUCUUGGAAGUGUUCUGCCUUUUUUGAGAACGCUGGAAAUGUUGGACCUUAGCGAUAACGACCUAGAGGACAGAGGGCUGCACACGCUCAAGGAGGCGAUCAUCUGUAAUCGCUCUAUUACACGACUCGUCCUGGCCUCAGUCAAAAUAACAUGUGAGGGUGCUGUGGUCUUGGCUGAGAUCCUGGCCGAGACUCGGUUCCUUCAAACUCUAGAUGUGAGGCAGAACCUCAUCCUGACUGGAGGCCUGAUGGCUUUCGCCCUGGCCUUGAAGCUCAACCACACUCUUGUUCAUUUAGACCUGGACCAAAACCCCAAAGAGGAGAAGGAUAAAGAAAAGCUGGUUUGA